AUGGCUGCGGACAAUUUAGCCGCUCACGAAGUUGGUUGGUUUCAAGAAACAUUCAGCUCAAAACAUUUUUGCCGGCGAUGCCUCAUCUCGUACAACAAUCGUCAAAUUUCGUUAACAGAUCUUGAGAUUAUUCCGAGAACUCAAGAUAUACAUGAUCAACACCUCCAACUCGAAGGUAUUGAUGGUGUAACAUUGGCAAUGAUGGACAGUCAUGAUUCAGUCAAACUAGUUAUGCCUAGGUUUAAAGAUCAAUUAUUAUUUAUCAAUAAACAACGCGGACUAUUUGAGAAAGAAAAUAAUGAAUACAAUAGUAGCAGUAAAACAACAGCGUCAUUCGUUAAAACAUUCUUCUCAUUGACAACAACGGUUGAACAAAAUGAUUUAUUGAAACCAGAAGAUGAUAAUGUUGAGCUGUCACAUCAAUUGUCACUUACAGUACCAAGUGCAACAACAUCUGAAUUUAAUAUAAAAAAAGAAUUUACAGACAUAAUUGAAAUUCUCUUCCUAACCACGUGGAAACAGUCUUUAAUAUCAAAGAUGAAACGUGCAAGGCAAGCAAAAACGUCAAAUGAAGAAGUAGUUGUCAUGAAGAAUAAAUAUUCAAAGCCAAAUUCUGGUCGUCAUCUGAAAGAACCAAAUAUAUCUGAUUUGUGUGAAAGAACAGAUGAAAAAAAGAUGAUCGUUCAACCCGUUCAAGAAAGUGAAGUUGAAGAUUUUGAAAAACUAGUUGAUUCAAUGAAUCAAGAAUUAGUUAAAAAUCCAGCUGGUAACGAUAUAAUAAAAGAUCUGUGGCGUAAAACAUACAAGUAUCGUCGUCAUUAUAUUCAAACAAAUAAAACAGUUGAUAUUUUGCUUAAAUUUCCUGCAUAUCGUCUGAUGAAUUUAUUAUUUGCUGAUGUUCAAAUGCUCAUUGGCGUUAGUGUUGAAAAAGCAGCGAAUGAAAAAUUACCAGAUCUAUUAGUCUCGCUAGUCGAAAAUGAAGCGUCUACUCAAAUCUCAACAGCAGAUACUGUCAAUGUCAGCAACGAAUCAACUAAUGAAGAAAAAAGUGAUUCAGCACUAAUAACACCACCGGGCACACCAAAAAACAAACGAAAACAUUUACAAGAUGUAGAUGACCACUCAUUACUACCAAAGAAGAUAAAAGUCGUGCCAAGCAACAAGGUAUUAUCUACAGCAGCUGCUGGUUGCUCAACGAAACGAAAAAGAGAUACUAUCAAAACAAGCGAAAAUCUUCAAGCAGUAAUGGACGACGAAGACUAUAGUUUGCACCAAAUCAAAAAAUCGAGACGACAAAAGGAUCAGAGAAAAAGAAAGUGA